CUCUAUAAAAAAAAAUAUACGUUUCUUCUGUCAGAUCCCCUGGAAAUUCCAUUCCAUAGAUCAGCGAUUUUCGUCUGAUUUGAUCACAGAAAACUCUAAAUUUCCUGUAGUUUUAGGAAUCGAUCGGAUUCUCUAGUUCGAACGGCGUGAUUUCCUAUUAUUGCUUUAUUCAGCAUCGCUCAAUGAAGAAGGUGCUUCAUCGAAGUUUCAAGCCUGCAAAAUGCAAAACGGCUUUGCAAAUGGCGUCGUCGCGCCUGAAGAUACUGAAGAACAAAAAGGAUGUACAGAUAAAGCAGUUGAGGAAAGAAUUGGCUCAGUUGCUCGAGUCCGGGCAGACCCAGACGGCCAGAAUUCGAGUGGAGCAUGUGGUGAGAGAAGAGAAAACAAUCGCUGCUUAUGAGCUGGUUGGAAUAUAUUGUGAACUUCUCGUGGCACGUUUAGCUGUUAUCGAGUCGCAGAAGAAUUGCCCGAACGAUCUGAAGGAAGCUGUUGCAAGUGUCUUAUAUGCUUCACGAAGGCUAGCAGAUGUCCCGGAACUCUCAGAUGUUGUUAAGCAUUUCUCAGCAAAAUAUGGAAAGGAUUUUGCUUCUGCUGCUGUCGAGUUACGUCCAGAUUCUGGUGUGAGUCGCUUGUUGGCGGAGAAGUUGUCGGUAAAAGCCCCUGAUGGUCCGACAAAGGUUAAAAUCUUGACGGAAAUUGCUGAGCAGCAUAAUAUCAAGUGGGAGGCAAAAUCCUUGAUGGAAACAGAUCCAAAGGAUGCCGAAGUGUUGAGAGACCAACCGAGUUCAUUUGAGUCAGCCAGUAGAAAACAUGCAGAUUCUCCUAAAGUCCCUGACAAAGAACCUCCAAACUUCCAAGUUCCACCAAGCUCAAGUGAAAGAAAUCGUGUUCCAUCAAGCUCGUAUCCAUGUGAUGAAAGAUCUUCAGACCAUUUGCACAGUGCUGCUCCUCCUGAUGUUAACCUCGGAAAGACAUCUGACAGUUAUCAUCCCAAUGCAAGACCUUCCGGGGAUAGGACUCAUGGAGGGGAAUAUAGGCAUCCAAAUUCAGGUGAUGGGGAUUCCUCUCCUACGAGCAGGCGGAAGUGGGAAAUGGAAUUUAAAGAUGCUACAGCUGCUGCACGUGCUGCCGCCGAAUCUGCUGAAAGAGCAAGUAUUGCUGCAAGAGCAGCUGCAGAACUUUCGAGCAAAGAAAGGAUGAUGAGACAGAAUUCAGCAGAUUCACCGAUAUCGUCCCCUUCUUUUAAUAACAGAAACGAACAUCAACCCAAACGUAUCAGCUCAAAUGUGCAGAGUGAAGAUCGUCCUUCUCCCAGAAGAAAUGUUACUCAGUACCAAGAGAUGAGCAGUACCAAGCAUGAUAACUUUACUGGGUCAACGGGGUCGGAGUGUUCUUCUGAUGAUGAACUAUCGGGAAACGCUCGAGGAAGGAGAGGCAGGGAUUCUCAGGAGAAUUUAGAAACAAGACGGUCUGGUUCCUUUGCUAAAUCAGGUAGAGAGAAGAAGCAACCGAGUGAACCCGAUCGAAACAUUGACUACAUGGAUGAGGUUCAAUUAAGCAAAAAGUCAAGCCGGGCUUCUUCUCGUUCACAUUCAAGAACCUUUUCUGAUGACCAUAUUGUUGCUUCAGAUUUAGUCAAGUCACCGAGUUUGGAAGAAAAUAUCUUUGCAACUGAUGACAGUCACCAACCUCAGAGAAGCCCGGAAGAAACAUUUCACCAUGAUAGUGGCCAUGCUGCUGCUUCUUUCGAUGAGUAUGGCUCAUUUUUUGAUAAACCUCAAUUCGACAAAGAAGACACCUACAACAACGAUGAGCCAGACUAUGUAUCAGGAUUUUCUUUGCUGGGCGAUAAAACACCUGCUCGUGAAGGCACAAAUCCGGGAAAGUACAGGUCAAGCUCAAAAGUUUUUGAAGAAAAGCCAACUUCCCCAGUGUUUGAUGAUGGUCCUUCUACAGGUCCUGCUGUUCCUUUUCAUGAGGCGGAACAGUCUGCCAAGUUUGAUGCUUAUGGCCCGGAUUCAGAAAGCGAAGUAGAUGAGCCGAGCAAUAAGGCUGGAAUUUCUGGUGGGAAACCCGUGGAAGAAAGGUCGAAGGCGACAACAUCACUUUCAUCCCCGAGGUUUCAGUACACUGAUGAAGCAGAACAUGACUUUUUCCCGUCAGACACAGAUGAACCCGUGUAUGAUACAAGGGCACGAGAGGAUUCCGACUUGGAGACACAGAUGGGUCUGAGGUUUGGAGCUUUAACCGGUGGACUCAAGAAUAAAAAGACACUCCCUCCAUACAGGAUGAGUCCAGCAAGAGACACUACAUUGUCUAAGCCGGAGAAGGAGUACACCGAAACUAAUAUUGAUCAGGCAAUGUCAUCUUCGCCAUCUGUUUCAUCUACGAGGAAAGAGCUUUACACUGAGAAAAAACCAGUCUAUGCACCUCACGAUGCAUCUUCUAGCGAUGAUGAAGAUUCAGCGAUGGAACCUCCACAAAGAACUUCUAUUACACUGGAAGAUAGUAGAAUCAAGACACAGACCCGGGUCUCGUAUCUUCACUCACGUACCAGUGAUGACGACUCAGAAGAAGGAGGAGAUUCUAUCGGAAAUCAAGAGAGGAGGAUCAAUAAGCAAACAACAACAGGAGGGAAAGACAAUAAGAGACAAAACGCCAAGACUCAGGCCUCAUCAGCCUUGAAUCUCUCUUCUCCGUUUGGUGAUGACGAAGACGAGAAUGAAGCUCGGGAAUUCGCUCCACGCACGAAAGCUAAGCCGAUGACUGGGGGGUUAUCUCGAAGGACAAAGGGUCCGGGAAAAGCUCCUGUGAAAAGCUCAACCUCGGAAACUACAGUAACUGCGAAAACCGAUAAAGAGCAGACGCCAUCGACUUCUCUUCCAAAGGUUGUGACGUCGGCCGAUGAUUCAUCUGUUGAGACACCAUCGAAGGAGAGAGCAAGUCAUGUUCAUCCGAAGCUGCCUGAUUAUGACAACUUGUUGGCUUCGCUCGCGUCUCGUCGUCCCAAUCGACGGUGAAUAUAUAUAUAUAAUGGUUUUGUGGUAAAGUUUUAUACUUUUUUAUUCUUUUUUCUUCGCAAGUGUGUGUUGAGUGCAUUCUGAGAACUAAUUCGAUCUUCUUUGUGAAUCGAUAUGUGGAGUUGGUAGUAUUGUUAUACAUCAUACAUCAUAUAGACGAUAUUUUUAUUGUUCAGAUUGGUUUUUAUCUUAAUUUUUA